AUGGCUCCGGUGCGCUCUGCAAUGCGUUCGUGUCCGCUUUGCCCUAAGGUCGUGGUCGGCUUCAGUCAGCACCUAAGGCAGGUGCACAAUGUGCGGAACACGGAGGAGAGGGUGAUCCUUUGUCAUUGGCAGUCAGGCCGCGUCAAUAUCAGGCAGGAGCCGUGUCCAGUGACGGGAUGCUCCGCCCACGUCAGCAGGCUAGACCGGCACAUGAACUCACACACAGAACUCAACAGAACGCAGAGGAGACGGGCUUUGGAGGAGCUCAGGAGACAGCUGACCAUGGAGCGGCUGGCCACGUUGAGGGCAUCCAACCCUGUCAUCCCACUGGCCACCCAUUUGGACAUUGUGGAAGCUGCAAAGCAAGAACAGGAGGAGGACUCUUUAGAUUCACGGCUAAAGGAAGAGGAAGAGGAGGACGUGGGCUGCGAAGAUGAUUCCUGCCACUGCCAAGCGGUGAUCCUGAGGCUGCAGAAAGCUGUGCAAGAGAGGGACGAGGCCCUGACCAAGAGCGGCGAGACCAUCCAAUCCGUUAGAGAGGACAACCUGAAGCUGACCUCUGAACUGAACAGAGCCAGGAAGAGGUACGAGCUACUGAGAAGGCAGACGGCGAGGUCAGCAAAGAGGUCCAGGUUUCAGGCCGAGCAGUCUCCUCCUGGGUCAGACACGGAGCAAGAGGAACUGCAGCAGGACCAAGCCACGGGUUCAGGGUCCCAGACAGAGGAGGCCACGGCGUCCGGAUCUAGCAGCCAAAUUCCCCUCCCGGGCUCUGCUCUGAGUAAGUACUGUCUUUUAAAUAGUGCAAAGUAGUUGUAUUUGAAAAGUCCGACUUUUUUUUUUGUUCACGUUGUAGAAAAAAAUGUUUGGGUCCAGCUAAUCACAGUUAUAGUGCCUUCAAACCCCUUGACUUAUUCCACAUUUUGUUGUGUUACAUUUUGUUGUGUUACAGCUUGAAUUCAAAAUGGAUGACAUUUAUUAUUUUCUCCCAACCAUCUACACACAAUACAUCAUAUAUAAUGACAAAGUGAAAACAUGUUUGUAGAAAUAUUUGCAAAUGUAUUGAAAAUGAAAUACAGAAAUAUCGAAUUUGCAAAUGUAUUCACACCCCUGAGUCAAUACUUUGUAGAAGCACCUUUGGCUGCGAUUACAGCUGUGAGUCUCUCUGGGUAAGUCUCUAAGAGCUUUUCACAGCUGGAUUGUGCAACAUUUGCCCAUUAUUAUUUUCAAGAUUCUUCAAGCUCUGUCAAAUUGGUUGUUGAAUAUUGCUAGACAGCCAUUUUCAGGUCUUGCCGUAGAUUUUCAAGCAGAUUUAAGUCAACUCGGACACUCAGGAACAUUCACUGUCUUAUUGGUAAGCAACUCCAGUGUAGAUUUGGCCUUGUGUUUUAGGUUAUUUUCCUGCUGAAAGGUGAAUUCAUCUCCCAGUGUCUGGUGGAAAGCAGACUGAACCAGGUUUUCCUCUAGGAUUUUGCAUGUGCUUAGCUCCAUUCUGUUUAUUUUUUUAUCCUGAAAAACUCUCCAGUUCUUAAUGAAUGCAAGCAUACCCAUAACAUGAUGCAGCCACCACUAUGCUUGAAAAUAUGAAGAGUGGUACACAGUAAUGUGUUGUAUUGGAUUUGCCCCAAUCGUAAGUGAAUUGCUUUGCCACAUUUUUUGCAGUACUACUUUAGUGCUUUGGUGCAAACAGGAUGCAUGUUUUGAAAUAUUUGUAUUCUGUACAGGCUUCCGUCUUUUCCACUCUGUCAGUUAGGUUAGUAUUGUGGAGUAACUACAAUGUUGUUGAUCCAUCCUCAGUUUUCUCCUAUCACAGCCAUUAAACUCCGUAAUUGUUUUAAAGUCGGCAUUGGCCUCAUGGUGAAAUCCCUGAGUGACUGGGUGUAUUGAUACACCAUCCAAAGUGUAAUUAAUAACUUCACCAUGCUCAAAGGGAUAUUCAAUGUCUGCUUUUUAUUUUAUUUUACCCAUCUACCAAUAGGUGCCCUUUUUUACGAGGCAUUGGAGAACCAUAGUCUUUGUCGUUGAAUCAGUGUUUGAAAUUCACUGCUCGACUGAGGGACCUUACAGAUAAUUGUAUCCUCAGCUGUGUAGACUUCUGUAGGACCCAUCCUCCGCUGUGUAGACUUCUGUAGGGCCCAUCUUCCUCUGUGUAGACUUCUGUAGAACCCAUCCUCCGCUGUGUAGACUUCUGUAGGACCCAUCCUCUGCUGUGUAGACUUCUGUAGGGCCCAUCCUCCGCUGUGUAGACUUCUGUAGAACCCAUCCUCCGCUGUGUAGACUUCUGUAGAACCCAUCCUCCACUGUGUAGACUUCUGUAGGACCCAUCCUCCGCUGUGUAGACUUCUGUAGGGCCCAUCCUCCGCUGUGUAGACUUCUGUAGGGCCCAUCCUCCGCUGUGUAGACUUCUGUAGGGCCCAUCCUCCGCUGUGUAGACUUCUGUAGGGCCCAUCCUCUGCUGUGUAGACUUCUGUAGGACCCAUCCUCCGCUGUGUAGACUUCUGUAGGGCCCAUCCUCCGCUGUGUAGACUUCUGUAGGGCCCAUCCUCCGCUGUGUAGACUUCUGUAG